UCUUUCCCUUUUUGCCUUCUUCUUGAUACUGUUUUUUUUUUCUUACACUUCCUUUUUUUUUUUCUUCGCACAUUAUACCAUUAUAUACUUAUACCAAUACUUAUUAUUCCAUCAUGGGUGAUGCAAACGAUGUCAUGCAACUUUAUUCAGGUCGUGUAGCUUACCAUUCUGCGGGCAACAACUUUUACGAUUAUCCUACAAAGAUCAACCAUACAAGAAGAAGGGACAACAUUGACAAUAGCAAUACAAACCUGACAAUACCAUUACAUAUGACGACAACAUCUACUACAAGGCAAAAUACAUAUCGUACGGAGAAUGAUCGUCAUUUACCGAAAUCUUUAACCUCUAUCGCCAUGAACGUUGUAUUUGAUCUUGCAUCUGGUGUCAAAUUACGAUAUACGAAAAGUCCAACUUCUACUCCUGAUUUACAAAAUGAUAUGUACAUUUAUCAUAGGGCUUCUGAUGAAUCCAAGGAAACCCAAUAUAUUCCCUCACCACCUAAUAGUCAACGACCAAAGAAUACUGUUCAACAAAUGCACCAUAGAUAUACGCCUAACGUGGUUACACCUUCUUAUCGUUCCUCACAACAACAGACAAGGUUCCUGACGCAGAACAGGUUCGCCAAAAGGACAAAGCACGAUAUCUACUUCAACCAUCGUUCCAAUUCCAACCGCCACCAAUCUUGUGCAACCAUCAAACAAGAUCUCGAAAAUUUUAAACCGCCAAUGACAUGGUCAAGACUUCCUCGAAAACGACAUAGCUUGAAAGAGUAUCAUUCGCCAACAAUAAUUACGAUGAACGAUGUAGUGAACAAACUAAAGGAAGAAAUGGAGCGAUAUACAUAUUUACUUGAUGACGCUGAGAAAACGAUGAAGGAUUAUGAAAGCGAUAUUGAAGAUACUUUGGAACAGUUACAAGCGUUAGAUAACAAGAUCAAGGAUAUGAAUAUCAAAACAGCAUCUUAUUCUGAACGACAAUCAAGUAUGAAUCAACAACUGGAAGCAUUAACUGUGGGAAGCAAUAUAGUCAAGACAGCUAGGAUCAAACAAAGGAAAUUAGAUGGAAGAAUUGAUAAAUGGAAAGGGGAACGGGAUCCUAUGCAACAAUUAUCAUUCAUUUUGACAGCUCAUGAACGUAUUGAAAAAUUAGAUAGAUAUACCAGAGUAUUUUGGGACAUUAGUUUUUACGUAGUGAUAGUUGCUAUUAUUCUUAUCAUAUCAUUACUGUCUAUUCUAUGAAGAAAAAAAAAACAUACAUAUAUUUAUUUAUUGAAGUACAAAUAAAACACAAACAAGUGAUCAAC